UUUGAGAGUCCUGGGAGAACAAGGAGGACAAAACCUUGACCCCUCUGCUACUAAACACCAGUAAAUAUAGUGUGUUUUUCUCUCUGGAGAAAGUGAGAGAAAAUAAGAAAAUGGUGGUGAAGCGGAGCCAAGCGCAUUUGAGCAAGGAUUCAAAGGUGGAAGUUUGCAGCAACGAAGACGGGUACCAAGGUGCAUGGUUCCCAGCCAUAAUCCUUGACCCACAACCCUCAGAUGGCACACCAAAGAAGAAAAGGAAGAGUCUUGGCAACUCAAGCAAGGCUUUGGUGCAGUACGAGACUCUGGUCUCCGACGAUGACCCAAACAAGCCACUCACUGAGCUCGUUGACGUGUGCUCCAUCCGGCCAGUGCCUCCUCCUGACAAUCCUGACCAGCCCUUCGAGCCCGGAAACGUCGUAGACGCCUUUUACCAAGAAGCUUGGUGGGUGGGGGUUGUGAUAAGGUUUGAGGACGACAAGUAUACGGUUGGUUUCAAAAACCCACCCGAUCUGCUUGAGUUAAGGCGCUCUGAGCUGCGGCCUCAUUGGGAUUUUCUGGACGGCGUAUGGGUUCGAGCCCUGAAGGAGAGGAUGGUGGGAUCAUUUUUCAGCCCUGGGACAGCAGUGGAAGUGAAUCUCUACAAAGAACAUCUAUUCGGUGCUUGGUUCCCAGCAAUUUAUCUUGGUGAACUAGGGGCCAACAAUUUCUUGCUUCAAUAUAAGAGCUCAAACAACUGUGCUGUUAAAGCAGUCGUAAGUGGCAAACAGAUUCGGCCUCAGCCUCCAAUGUUGGCUGAAAGAGAUUUUAACUUGAUGGAAAAGGUGGAUGCAUUCUUUGAUAUGGGUUGGUGGGUCGGAGAGAUUAUAAAAGUUCUUACAGGAAAGAAGUAUAUGGUCUGUUUAAAAUUGACAGAGGAGGUGAAGCAAUACAGUCAGUCAGAAUUGAGGCGUCACAUGUACUGGACUGAUGGAAGAUGGGUUACUAUGAUCAAUGGAAAACGGGUUACUAUGAUCAAUAGAAACUGGGUUACUAUGAUCAAUGGAAACUGGGUUCCUUACUUUAAGUUUCAGGAAGGUCACUUUAGCAGGGAUUAUGAAGUACGAUCAAAGCGUGCAUGCGAGAGUUCCAGGAGUUCUGAGUUAGCUGCAGCACUUGAAUGUACAGGUGCUACCAAGGAUAAUAAUGAAGAAAAAACACCUUGUUUGAGGAUUUCGUGGAAGAAUCAGUCGGAGGACUUGAGUCCUUGCAUUGAUAAAUCACCUUAUGGAAAGACCAAAAAGAAACUUAAAAUUAAUCAGAAACCUAACGAUGAUGCAACUAUUUUAGGUCUUUCCAAGAAGUUAAUAUGGGGACAUUCAGAAGACUCCUUAUCUUUUGCACAAUUAUUUCGAAGGAGCAAAGAAGCCCCAGUUAGAGAUGGUGUGAAGACUAAGCAACAGCAGGUUGGAGGACUGGACAAUCAAGCAAUAGUUUCUCUUAAACGAAAAGUCAAAAAGGGCAGUGAAAUAAGAAAGGCUGAUGAAGAAGAUGUUGCUGAUGAGUAUGGAGUAGACAGCAUUGAAUCUUCUGGUACAGAGUCUAAACUAACAGGGGGAUCUCAUGCUGACGCAUCAUGUCUGCUCCCCAUCGAGGAGGUUGAAUGGAAUGAAGAUGUAGCGAGCAGUGAAUUGCAUGUGAUAAAAAGGUUGGAGUGGACAGGUGAGAAGCACAAUGGAACUGGAGUUGUUGCUCAAGUUGAAUUGACUAAGACUCAAGUUGCGAAUGAUAAUGGUAACCCUGCUGGGAUUUCCAACGAACAAAAUGAGGUCGGAGGAAGACAGGUUGAAACUGGGGUAACAGGUGACACUGAGCAACAAGACAAUCCACUUUGCCUUUCUGAAAAGUUCUCCGGUUGGGAAAAAAAUUGUAACCAUGGAUGUUCUGAAGAAGCGAUGAGAGAGACGGAAACUCUGGAUUCCACAAUGGAUUACUUGACAAAAGAAGUUCAGGUGACUGUGACUGGAGUAUCUGCAACAGCAUCUGCCCAUGAUCAACCUUCAUCACUGUAUGUAGAUGAAAUGCAUUCUAUAAAAGCCAAAGAGUGCUCAAGUAACCCUGCUGGGACUGCCAAGCAACAAGAGAGUCCACAUUCGCCUUUUGUGAGUUGUUCUCCAUUUUGGAAAAGUAUUGAAUCCAUGGAAGUAUUCAAAAGAUUUCCGCAAAGGCCACAUUUUCAUCCUCUGAUGAAGUGUAAAGCGGUUUGUCGCGAAGGAUCCGCUCUUGGAAAUAUGAUAACCUUUGCCUCUUUGGUGGAGAAGACUUCCAAGUUGCAAGUUGGCGAUCCUAUAGACUUAUUUGAUAGCAAUUUGGAGGCACUAGUUGACUUGGAAAUGUUGGGAUUUGAUGUCACGGCAGUACGGCAUCGUCUGAAGGAAUUGAUUGAAAUGAAAGUUAAGUUGGGUCAGCUUGAGAACCAAUCAAAAGAAGUUGACAUUCAGAUCACGGAGUGUACUUUUGACAGAACCAGAAACAAUGAAACAAUCAGUCGGAUUGAUAAGGAGAUCAAGGACUUGAAGGAAAAACGGGGGACCCUGAUGUCAAUCGAUGUGGCCAAAGGUUCUGAAAUUAGCAAGCUGCAAUCAGAAGCAAAUGCUAUAACUGAAGGCAUUCAGAGCAUCCAUCGUGAUUUUGAGAAAUUAGCUGCUGCAGCAUGGUGAUUGUUGUGAUUCUGAUGGAUUACGCCCUUUAGAUUACCACUCCCUUUGCUAACCUUGGACACUGAUAUAUAAUAUCUAUAUACCCUUUUGAAUGUAAUGAUGGACGUGAUACCAAACUGUUCUGUAGUUUAUUAUGACAGCCAUUAGCCCUAGAAUGCUGGUAACAAACAAU